CUCGCUCUCUCCACCAUGCUCCCCUCCUCCUCCUCCUCCUCCUCUCUUCCUCCCCUCCUCCUCCUCCUCCUCUUCCUCCAUGCCUCUCCUCUCCUCUGUGCCCCGGCGGCCCCCCCUCCCCCGGGUCUUUCCGGUAGGUGGGUGUACCGGGCGCUCGACACCUCGCUCACCCACCUGACGGUCCACCGGCGGACGGGCGACGUGUUCGUCGGCGCCGUCAACCGCGUGCUGAAGCUGUCGGCCAAUCUGACGGAGCUGAGGAGUCACAUGACCGGGCCGGUGGAGGACAACGCCAAGUGCUACCCCCCGCCCAGCGUGCGGGCCUGCGCUCACCGACUGGAGUCCUCAGACAACGUGAACAAGCUCUUGCUGGUGGACUACACUGGGAACAGACUGGUGGCCUGCGGUUCGAUCUGGCAGGGCGUCUGCCAGUUCCUCAGACUGGAGGACCUGUUCAAACUGGGCGAGCCGCACCACCGCAAGGAGCACUACCUGUCUGGGGCGAGGGAGGCCGACGGGAUGGCAGGUGUGGUCGUUGGCGACGACGACGGGACGGCCGAUCCAAAGAAGAAGAAGCCGGUGAAGGGCGACAGCCGCCUCUUCAUCGGCGCCGCCAUCGACGGCAAGUCGGAGUAUUUCCCGACGCUGUCCAGCAGGAAGCUGGUGGCGGACGAGGAGAGCGUCAACAUGUUCUCGCUGGUCUACCAGGACGAGUUCGUGUCGUCGCAGAUCAAGAUCCCGUCGGACACGCUGUCCCUCUACCCGGCCUUCGACAUCUACUACGUCUACGGCUUCUCCAGCCGCACCUACGUCUACUUCCUGACGCUGCAGCUGGACACGCAGCUCACGCAGAUGGACGCCGCCGGAGAGAAGUUCUUCACCUCCAAGAUCGUGCGGAUGUGCUCCAACGACACCGAGUUCUACUCCUACGUGGAGUUUCCUCUGGGCUGCACCAAGGACGGCGUGGAGUACCGGCUGGUGCAGGCGGCCUACAAACAGAAGCCGGGCCGCCGGCUGGCCCAGGCCCUCGGCCUGUCCGAGGAUGACGAUGUGCUCUUCGUCGUCUUCUCCCAGGGCCAGAAGAACCGCUCCAACCCGCCCAGAGAGACGGUGCUCUGCCUGUUCACGCUGCAUCACAUCAACCUGGCCAUGAGGGAGCGGAUACGCUCCUGUUACCGCGGAGAGGGGAGGCUGUCGUUGCCAUGGUUACUGAACAAGGAGCUGCCCUGCAUCCACACGCCGAAGCAGAUCGGAGAUGAUUUCUGCGGCCUGGUGCUGAACCAGCCGCUGGGCGGGCUGCGGGUCAUCGAGGGCACGCCGCUGUACGAGGACCGCACUGAGGGCAUGGGCGCCGUGGCGGCCUACACCUACGGAGAACACACCGUGGUGUUCGUGGGAACCCGCAGCGGACAGCUCAAGAAGAUCCGCGUGGACGGCAUCCCGCCGCCCUCCCAGAAUGCCUUGCUGUAUGAGACGGUGUCGGUGGUGGAGGGAAAACCGAUCCUGAGAGACAUGGUGUUCAGCCCCGACUACCAGUACAUCUACCUGCUGAGCAGCAAGCAGGUGAGCAGGUUGCCGGUGGAGAGCUGUGAGCAGUACAGCGGCUGCAGGAGCUGUCUGGGCUCAGGUGACCCUCACUGCGGCUGGUGUGUCCUCUACAACAAGUGCUCCAGACAGGAAGCCUGCGACAAGUGGGAGGAGCCUCAGCACUUCAACACCCGGCUGGACCAGUGUGUCGACAUCACCGUCACCCCGAGCAACAUGUCCGUCACGUCCGCCGCCACGCAGCUGACGGUGCGGGUGCAGAACGUCCCGGCGCUGUCGGGGGGCGUGUCCUGUGUGUUUGAGGACCUGAGUGAGACCCCCGGCGAGGUUCUGCCCAAGGGUCAGGUGAUGUGCAUGUCGCCCUCGCUGCGAGACCUGCCGACACACACACACACCUCCGCAGAGCAGCGGGUGGUGAAGCUCAGUCUUCGCUCCACAGAAACCGGCCUCCUCUUCAUCAGCACCAACUUCAUCUACUACAACUGCACCGUGCUCAGCUCCUGCACCUCCUGUGUGAGCAGUGUGUUUCCCUGCCACUGGUGCAAAUAUCGACACGUCUGCACCAACAACCUGCAGGACUGCUCCUUCCAGGAGGGCCGAGUCAGCAGCAUGGAGGGCUGCCCUCAGAUCCUGCCCACCUCGGACAUCCUGGUCCCGGCCGGGAUGGUUCGGCCAAUCACGUUGCGCGCCCGGAACCUGCCUCAGCCGCAGUCGGGCCAGAAGAACUACGAGUGUGUGUUCAGCAUCCAGGGCAAGGUGCAGCGCAUCCCCGCCGUGCGCUUCAACUCCUCCUGCAUCCAGUGCCAGAACACCUCGUAUUGGUAUGAAGGUGAUGAAGCUGGAGAUCUGCCGGUGGACUUCUCCAUCGUCUGGGACGGAGACUUCUUCAUCGACAAGCCGGCGUCUAUGAAAGCCUUGCUGUAUAAGUGUGAGGCUCAGCGCUCCAGCUGCGGUCAGUGCCUCAAAGCCCCGCCCACCUUCGAGUGCGGUUGGUGCACCGAGACCAGGAAGUGCCUGCUGCGCCAGCAUUGCCCCGCCCCUGAGCAGAACUGGAUGCACCACGGCCGCCACAACCUGCGCUGCAGCCACCCGCGCAUCACCAAGAUCGGGCCCCUGACGGGCCCUCGGGAGGGCGGCACGCGGGUCACCAUCGAGGGCGAGAACCUGGGCCUGCAGGUCCGAGAGAUCGCCCACGUGCAGGUGGCCGGGGUCCGCUGCAGCCCCGUCCCGGCACAGUACAUCAGCGCCGAGAGGAUCGUGUGCGACAUGGCUGAAGCGCUCCUCCCUCACUCCCCCGGCGGGCCGGUCGAGCUCUGCAUCGGCGUCUGCAGCGCCGAGUACCGCACGCUGUCCACCCAGACCUACUCCUUCGUGAGCCCGUCCUUCAGCCGCGUCCGGCCCGAGAAAGGCCCCGUGUCUGGAGGAACCAGGCUGACGGUGUCCGGCCGGCAUCUGGACGCCGGCAGCAGCGUCACCGUCUACAUUGACAAAGAGGAGUGUCUGUUUGUCAAGCGGACCAAUCGGGACAUCGUCUGCGUAACGCCCGCCUCCUUGUCGGGCUCUGGCCCCGCCCCCAUCCGCCUGAUGAUUGACAGGGCGGAGGUGACGAGCGCCGACACCAAAUACAUUUACACCGAGGACCCGACCAUCACCAACAUCGAGCCCAACUGGACCAUCCUCAAUGGCAGCACAGUUAUAACAGUAACAGGAACCAACCUGCUGACCAUCCAGGAGCCCAAAGUCAGAGCCAAAUAUGGAGGCGUGGAAACGACGAAUGUGUGCUCUGUAGUGAAUGACAGUGUGAUGACGUGUUUGGCUCCUGGUCUGGUCUACAGUAAACCAAACCCACCAGAGGGGGCGCUGCACCCCGAUGAGUUCGGCUUCAUCCUCGACCAGGUGUCCUCGCUGCUCGUCCUGAACACCACGCCCUUCACCCACUACCCCAACCCCUCCUUCGACCCCCUGGGGAACUCUGGGAUACUGGAGGUCAAACCGGGCUCGCCCAUCAUCCUGAAGGGGAAGAACCUGAUCCCCCCCGCCCCCGGUAACACCCGUCUGAACUACAGCGUUCUGAUUGGAGAGACGCCCUGCCUGCUGACCGUGUCAGAGAACCAGCUGCUCUGUGAUUCGCCGGAUCUCACCGGGGAGCAGCGAGUCCUGAUCCUGGUUGGGGGUCUGGAGUAUUCUCCGGGGACGCUCCAUAUCUACUCCGACAGCGCCCUGACGCUGCCGGCCAUCAUCGGCAUCGGGGCGGGCGGCGGCGUGCUGCUCAUCGCCAUCAUCGCCGUCCUCAUCGCCUACAAGAGGAAGACGCGCGACGCCGACCGCACGCUCAAGCGCCUCCAGCUGCAGAUGGACAACCUGGAGAGCCGGGUGGCGCUGGAGUGCAAGGAGGCCUUCGCGGAGCUGCAGACAGACAUCCAGGAACUGACCAACGACAUGGACGGAGUGAAGAUCCCCUUCCUGGAGUAUCGGACCUACACCAUGAGAGUCAUGUUCCCUGGGAUAGAGGAACACCCGGUCCUUAAGGAGCUGGAUUCUCCGGCCAACGUGGAGAAGGCUCUGCGUCUCUUCAGUCAGCUGCUGAACAACAAGAUGUUCCUGCUGACCUUCAUCCACACGCUGGAGGCUCAGAGGUCCUUCUCCAUGAGGGACCGAGGGAACGUGGCCUCGCUGCUGAUGGCCGCCCUGCAGGGCCGGAUGGAGUACGCCACGGUGGUGCUGAAGCAGCUGCUGGCCGACCUGAUCGAGAAGAACCUGGAGAACAGGAACCACCCCAAGCUGCUGCUGAGGAGGACGGAGUCUGUCGCCGAGAAGAUGCUGACCAACUGGUUCACCUUCCUGCUGCAUCGCUUCCUGAAGGAGUGUGCGGGCGAGCCUCUCUUCAUGCUCUACUGCGCCAUCAAGCAGCAGAUGGAGAAGGGACCCAUCGACGCCAUCACCGGCGAGGCCCGCUACUCCCUGAGCGAGGACAAGCUCAUCAGGCAGCAGAUCGACUACAAACAGCUGACUCUGAUGUGCAUCCCUCCGGAGGGCGAGGCCGGGACGGAGGUGCCGGUGAAGGUGCUGAACUGCGACACGGAGACUCAGGUAAAGAACAAACUGCUGGACGCCGUUUACAAAGGAAUCCCGUUUUCCCAGAGACCCCAGGCCGACGACAUGGACCUGGAGUGGCGUCAGGGCCGGCUGACCAGGAUCAUCCUGCAGGACGAAGACGUGACGACCAAGAUAGAGAGCGACUGGAAGAGACUGAACACACUGGCACACUACCAGGUAACAGACGGCUCCCUGGUGGCGCUGGUGCAGAAGCAGGUUUCUGCCUACAACAUCGCCAACUCAUUCACCUUCACCAGAUCCCUGAGCAGAUACGAGUCGUUGCUGAGGACGUCCAGCAGUCCAGACAGUCUGAGGUCCAGAGCUCCGAUGAUCACCCCCGACCAGGAGACAGGAACUAAACUGUGGCACCUGGUGAAGAAUCACGAGCACAGCGACCAGCGGGAAGGAGACAGAGGGAGCAAGAUGGUCUCUGAAAUCUACCUGACAAGACUGCUGGCCACCAAGGGGACGCUGCAGAAGUUUGUGGACGACCUGUUUGAGACGGUGUUCAGCACCGCCCACCGCGGCUCCGCGCUCCCAUUGGCCAUCAAGUACAUGUUCGACUUCCUGGACGAGCAGGCCGACAAGCGACAGAUCAGCGACCCCGACGUGCGACACACCUGGAAGAGCAACUGCCUUCCUCUCAGGUUCUGGGUCAACGUCAUCAAGAAUCCUCAGUUUGUCUUCGACAUCCACAAGAGCAGCAUCACCGACGCCUGCCUGUCCGUCGUGGCUCAGACCUUCAUGGACUCCUGCUCGACGUCCGAGCACCGGCUGGGCAAAGACUCGCCGUCCAACAAGCUGCUCUACGCUAAAGACAUACCCAACUACAAGAGCUGGGUGGAGAGGUAUUACAGGGACAUAUCGAAGAUGCCCAGUAUCAGCGAUCAGGACAUGGACGCCUACCUCGUGGAGCAGUCCCGUCUCCACGGCAACGAGUUCAACACCCUGAGCGCGCUCAGUGAGCUGUACUUCUACAUCAACAAGUACAAGGAGGAGAUCCUGACGGCGUUGGACAGGGACGGGUACUGUCGCAAACACAAACUGAGGCACAAACUGGAGCAAGCCAUCAACCUGAUGUCUGGAAGCAGCUGAGAGGAGGAGGAGAACAGACGGACAGAUGGAUGGAUGGAUGGAUAGAUAGAUGGGGGAUGGGGAAAAGAAAUCGGGGGAAGGGAAAUGGGACUUUUGUUUUUCUGAACUGUUGAACAGUCAGCUGAGCUGCUCUGCGUCGGACUGGAUAUACAGCCACAGCUCCGGCCCUUUUAGCGAUCAAUCCAUCAGUAACUUAUUUAUUCAUUGAUAGAUUGAUUGAUUUGAAGACUGGCUGGUAUCCUGACUACCUCCGUUAGGUGGUGUUGGGGCGAGAAAAAAAAAUCAGAUUCCAAACCGAUUUGGAUGCAUCUAAAACAUGGCUCAAAAUCGAAUGGAGCCAUUCAUGGGCAAAAAAAAAAAAAAACAUCUGGAUGCAUCAGUUGAUUUGGAUUUGGAUUUUAAUUCACUGCAGGUGUGACCAGGGAUCAGAGCACCCCGAAACCUGAUUCCCUGUUGCUGCGGCAACCAGCCAUGCCAACAACAAGGGGGGCGUGGCUGCGAAAGGAUGUGGAAGCAAGGUCGAGUCAGGUUUCACUGAAACAGAAGGAAAUGAACAAAUGGAUGCAUUGAUGUGGGAUCAGUCGACCUGACCUCAGGAUUCCCGGCCUGGUUCAGAACGUUCUAGAUGCCAGGCUGAAGAUGAAGAUGAAGGCCAAGUCACAUUUUCAGGAAUCAAAGUAAAACAAAUGAAUGGACUAGCAGGGGACAAGGUCAGGUCUGGAUGCAGAUAACUUGAACUUGAAAUGUUUGGCCCCGCCCAGAGGAUUCAGAAACCAAGCUGAUGGCCAGCGGUCAGGUCUCACACGAGAAAAUAUUGGACUGAAACCUCGGCCUCAUAUGGAAAGGGUCAAGGUCUUGGCCCAUUUUCAAAGUCAAACCGAAAGGCUUGAAGUUUCCACCAUUGAUGUCCUUACGCUGAAAGAGUUGACCUGACCUUGGCCUUCUGUGCCCGAUUUUGAGUAUCAGAAGGUUGAUUUAAGCUUUAAGAAAUGAGCAGAAAAUGAAAGAGCUGACAUCUUUUUUGAUAUCAGGACCAUUUGACCCAACCUUGGUUUAGUCUGGUUGAAGUCCAGGUGGAAGAUUAGAAGGUCGAGUUUUCACAGCGAUGAAAGGUGAAUCAGUGACGUGGGACGAUCUGACUCGGCCUUCGGAGUGUUUGGUCUAGUUGUGUGAGGAUCUAGAAGUUUUAUGUUUGCUGUUAAAAAAAAAAAAAAAAAACACUCGACGUUUCUCUGGACAAUCACUCUGUACCACAGCACACUGAGCCCAAUGCCUACCAACCGACCAGUACCUGUGUCCAUACCCCCUCCAUCCUCCUUCCCUCUCCUCUCCUUGGUCUUCAGCUUCUUCAGAUUCCUCCUCCUACUCCCUUACUUUGUCCCUUCCUCCUCUCAUCCUUCCUCUUCCCUCCUUUUUCUCCCUCUCCUCUUCUUGCCUCCUUCUCUUUCCACCCCACGUCUUUUUCCCCACCACCUGACCUCAACCCUGCCCUGUCAUUGGUCAGUCCUGCUGGCCUCUGGCCUCGUAUUGGCCAGGAAGACUCUUUAGUAACGUACUGCCCGACCAAUCAAGACUGUGGAAUUCACCAGAAUCAUUAAUACUUAAGUAAAAACAAAGCUAAACAAAUACAGAAACACGUUUGAAUACAUUCCAGUGCAGGCACAUACACAAGGUCUGUAAAUUAGCAGGUUGAAUCGCAUUUUUUUCGGAAACAAGGAACUUCCGGAAUAAAGGAACAUGGACUGACCGCCGUUUUUUUCAGGACCGGAUCGACCCUGGAAAGGGUCUGGUCCCGCCGCUGGUCUCCAAACUGUGGCCUAGAUGGUGCGAAAACUUGUUUUAUUGUUGGUGACUACAGCUGAAUAAUUUAUGGACCUUGCACACACACACACACACACACAUACACAUGCACGCACGUACACACACACACAGCCAUGCUAUACAGCGCCAUGCUUAUCACGCCCAGGGGGAAAUACUGUGCAGAGCUACAAGCCAGUGCCAUGUAAAGACCGGACCGGAUCAUGUUAGAACUGGACCGGACUCGGACCAAACCCGGAUCGAAUCCGGACCGGACUGUACCGGACCGGACUCAACUCACGAACAAUGUUUUAAGACUUGUGGCCAUAAUUGUAAAGAAGAAAAAAAAACAUAAUAAUGAUGAUGAUUAAAAUAUAAAAGAAAAAAGAAUACAAAAGGAAGAAAAAAAGAAUAUUGAAAUGUUAACAUGUAAUAAGAACUGUGUGGAUUUGACAGUAUGGAUUUUAAGGAACUGAACUUGUAUAAAGCUGAACCUUAUGCUCACAUCGGAGUCUGGAGAGGCAAGAGGCAAAGCCAGGAGAUGGAGGACGGAUCGGACUGCGAUAAAGAGACCAAACCGACCCACAGCGCCGCCUGCAGGACGGGACCGGAGGCAAACUGAAGCAGCACCUCCAGUCCCGUCCUGCUGUCCAGCUCCAGUGUUGUCCUGUUGAGACUUCAGUGCUUUUCUUUGUUGUUUUUUCUUUUGAUUUUGCCAAACUGGACACUGAACUGUGUUGGGCGGUGGGUUUGGAGGGGCGGGGCACCUGCAGCCAUGCAGGAAGUCUUUCUACAUUUCACUGUUGCACUCUUGCUCCAUCCCAAAGAGGAAUUAUUUGCAGUGUGAGUGCAGGUUAAAUGUAUAACGGAGGACUUUCUACCCAGGUCACUGUCGUCCAGCCCCCCCACACCUCUGAAAAGGAUAUUUCAUUUUGGUAGAACAUCUUCACCUUUCUUGUUUCUGUUUUCUAGAAGUGACGUCAUGUCUCGUCUCCUCUGUCCUGACAAAAGCAGGUAACAGAUAUUGUUUAGCAUUAGCUCCGGGUCAAAUUCGUUUGUUUGAAUCAAACCAAAAUUUUACCUUCGAGAAAUGAAAAAAAGGUUCCUGCCGUCGAGCAGCACGUCCCGGCCGGCUGGACCUUCACACCGUUAGCAGCUGGUCUUUGACGAGGUUUCUGUCUGUCAGCACAAUACGUAUCUGUCACAUGGAGAGCGGAGUGAGGAGGAGGUUUUACUGGAGGAGCUAAAAUUAACAUUUCAUAUCCAAGUGCGUGUCAGGAUGUGUCUGGCAGGUUAACUUGACGCCGAGUUCAACAUCUUGUUUUGUCGUCCUUUUGCAUCAAGCUGGACGGUGAAGGUCAGGCUCUUUAUUCACUGAUUUUCUGAGAUUUGGGUCACGGCCAAAACAUUUUGCAGAAGCUCCGCCUGCGAGAAAGGGAAACAUUUUAAAACAAGCUUCCUUCUUUCUUUCUUUCUUUCUUACUUUUUUUAAUUUUUAUUUGAUCAUUACUUACAACAUAUUCUGGCCUGGCAAGAACCACCUGAGGGGACGGGGAGAAAUGUAUUAUUAUUAUUAUGCUGAAUGACACAGUGGAAGAUUCUCAUUGCAUCCUAAUGCAGUUGUAUUUUUUCCCGGCUUGAGCGCACUGCAGCUGAAGAUGUUCUACCAACGUGAAACGUCUCUUUCCUGGGUCUCUGUAAUGCCAUAGCUACAAAGCACCUUUUUUUCUUUCUUGCUGUUCUUUCACUGUAGUUUGAAUCUGGGGCCAAAAGGACCCUGAGAGAGGAGGAGGAGGAGGAGGAGGAGGAGGAGGAGGAGGACAGACAGACAGAUAGAGAGACAGACAGGGGUCCUGAAAUGAAAGACUGCCUUUUAGAUGAUUAAUUAUAGAGCAGGGAGGGAAGCCACUAGCAUACCACUACCACUGUCCAUGCAAUGUGUGUGUGUGUGUGUGUGUGUGUGUGUGUGUGUGUGUGUGUGUGUGUAGAAUCACAUAUGUAAAAACCCACUGUGAUUUCCCCAGUGCUGCUGCUUUGCUGCUGCAGUGGAAACCAGCCAUAUCACCCCCCGCCCCCCACCUCACCCCCGCCCCCCAACCCAACCCCCGAUCGUAUCUGCAGCCCAAUUAAACCCAUCGAUUGGAUCUUUACAGUCGCUCCAUUAAAAUCUGCGAUCUUAUCUUUGACGCCUUUUGAAAUCUGUGAUCGUAUCUUCAGGCCUAUUAAUUUAAAAAAAAAAAACAUCUCCAAUCGCCCUUUAACAAACCACAUCAGACCCAAACUCAAAGUCAUCAAACCAAUAAAAAAAAACGUCCCGGGAUGCAGCUUGAUUGUCUUCUCACUGCAGUUUUGGUUGGAAUAUGCCUUUAUUUAUGCAGGCUGUGUGUUCCAUUGGUUUGUUAUUGAGUCACCUCCCACAGAAAGUAAUGAAAGGGGAGUUCAGAGGAGGAGACGGUUUGCAUACUGAAGGAGGGGGAGGAGAGACGACGGCGUUGGCAUGCAGAGAGCGAGGAGGAGGAGGAGGAGGAGGAGGAGGCAGAAUGUGAUGUUUGCACGCUGAGGGGAGAGGAGAGGAGGAGGUGAUGGUGUUUGCAUGCAGAGAGGAGAACGAGGAGGAGGAGGAGGAGGAGACGGCGUUGGCAUGCAGGGAGAGUAGAGCAGCAGGGGGAGAGAGAGAGAGAAUACAGAUGAGGAGGAAGACGGAGACACCUUCAUUCAUCAAACCGGCUCACUGGAGGAGGAGGAGGAGGGAGGAAGGGGGAGGGAGGGAGAAGAAGAUGUCACAUGGACGGAGAGAAUAAAGAGAGGAAGGAGAGAGAGGAGAGCAGGAGAGUGUGGACGUCAGCGCUGCUCAGCCGGAGGUUUGUUAGACUCAAACUGGAAAAACCAGGAACAGAUGUGGAGGUCGGUUCUGUUCCAGCAGCAGGAUCCGUCCUGGAUCAGCCCGAGUCCAGAGCGCAGAACCUGACCUGCAGAACCUGACCCACAGAACCUGACCUGACCCACAGAACCUGACCUGACCUGCAGAACCUGACCUGCAGAACCUGACCCGCAGAACCUGACCGGCAGAACCUGACAGACAAAACCUGACCGGCAGAACCUGACAGACAGAACCUGACCGGCAGAACCUGACCUGCAGAACCUGACUGGCAGAACCUGACCGGCAGAACCUGACCCGCAGAACCUGACCUGCAGAACCUGACUGGCAGAACCUGACCGGCAGAACCUGACCCACAGACCCUGACCCGCAGACCCUGACCCACAGAACCGUGGUGGCCGUUCCAUUCACCCCAGAUCAGUUUGUCCUGGUGGCUCCUGUUGCCACAGCGACAUUUCGACAUUUUUCUUAGAAAUUUUUGAGUUUUUUUCUCAGAAAUUUACGACUUUAAUCUCAGAAUUUCCGAUUUUUUUUCUUGAAAAUUUGUUACUUUAUAAUCUCAGAAUAUUAGAUUUUUUUCUCUUAAAUUUACGACUUUAAUCUUGAAUAUCACAUGCCCCCCACCCCCGGCUCUGUAGUUAAUAUUUUUGCCUCCAGUUGCUCUGACACAGCGCUGAAAGACUCACAAGCUGAUUUCCUGAAUUCUUUGGUUCAUUUUCCCGUAAAAACUGAACGGUUUUCGCAGCGUAAACAAACUUCUCUGCCGACGCCGUGACGUCAGCUGGACGUUUACAGCUGUUGCCGUGGCAACCUGAACACCCAAGCCAGUUCUACCCAGUUCUGUUUCUGUGAUCUAUGCUCCAGAGUGCAGUGUGUUUGAGGAGGGGGGUUCUGCCUGUCGUCCGUUCAGACCAAACACUUCCCUCUGUGCACGGCACAAAAAAAAAGGUUUUGUUAAACUGAA